UGCUUGGCCUCACAGUUUGUCUGAGUUGAGAUAGAAGAGAAAAUCAGUAAAAUGAGUGGACGAGGCAAAACCGGCGGAAAAGCCAGAGCUAAGGCAAAGACCCGCUCCUCUCGUGCCGGACUCCAGUUCCCAGUCGGCCGUGUUCACAGGCUGCUGAGGAAAGGAAACUAUGCCGAGCGUGUUGGUGCCGGUGCCCCCGUUUAUCUGGCGGCGGUGCUGGAGUACUUGACCGCUGAGAUCCUGGAGCUGGCUGGAAACGCUGCCCGUGACAACAAGAAGACUCGUAUCAUCCCCCGUCACCUGCAGCUGGCCGUCCGCAACGACGAGGAGUUGAACAAGCUGCUCGGCGGAGUCACCAUCGCUCAGGGCGGUGUUCUGCCCAACAUCCAGGCUGUUCUCCUGCCCAAGAAGACCGAGAAGCCCGCCAAGGCUAAGUAAAUCUGCUGGAAACAACUAAUACAACAACGGCUCUUUUAAGAGCCAUACACAACUGAUAAA